UGGACCCUCAGAUUAAGAGUCUGAUGCUCUACCGACUGAGCUAUCCCAACCUCUCUCUUUGACAACAUUAACAGAGAAGUAUUAGCACUGUUAGUUUCUCGUCAGCAUGAAAAAAAAAACAGUCUUUGCUAGAUUUCUUUAUUAAAUUUCUUCGUGCCGAUACCGACGAGGUAUAUACCGUGAUGACGACAAGAAAUUCUGAUCCUGGAUCCUGACUGUGAAUAAAAAGAACUUUGAAAAAUAGAAAAGUACGAAAAUAUGGCCCUUGAACCACCGAAGUAUGAAUAUUUGAACGAAGAAGACACCAAAAAAAUGAUGAAAUUAUUUAAGGGUGAAAGAUCAGGUUUUGUUCUGGUGGGUCCCAAGAAAUGGGUUUUCCCGUUUAAAUAUACGACAGAGGGUAAAGGAUUUUAUAAUUUUAAGGCAAGGCCAGAUGAUACAUGGGUGCUAUCUUAUCCUCGAUCAGGAACGACUUGGACUCAAGAAUUAGUCUGGUUGCUAUCAAAUGACUUAGAUUUUAACAGAGCAAAAACAGAACCUUUGGCAAAAAGAUUUCCAUUUCUGGAAUUUAGUAUGUUCCAUCAUCCAGAAGUAACACAUGAAAUGAUAAAAAUGAAUGAGGGUGAUAAAGCUAAGGUAGAAUUCUGUAAAAUGCUUGCUGAGCCAGGAUAUGAGGUCUUGGCAAAAAUGCCUUCCAAGAGGUUCAUAAAAUCACAUUUUCCAUUUUCUUUGUUACCUAAUAUUUUGGAUAGUGGUUGUAAGAUAGUGUAUAUUGCAAGAAAUCCAAAAAAUGUUGCAAUUUCUUGGUAUCACCUUAAUGUGGCAAUUAAAACACAGGAUUACAUAGGUGAUUUUCCAACAUUUUGGAAUCUCUUUCAAAAUAAUCUCAGAUUUUCUGAAAGCAAUUGAAAAGAUUACUAAAUUUCUUGGAAAAACGUAUACUGAAGAACAAAUGAAAAAAUUAGCAGAGUAUUUAAAUAUAAAAAAUUUUCGUGAUAAUCCAAUGGUAAAUUCAUCAGAAUUAAAAGAAUGUGGUCUGAUAAAAGCAGGAAUAUUUAUUAGAAAGGGUGGAAGUGGUGGAUGGAAAGAUAUGUUCACAGAAGAGCUUAAUGCCAAAGCCAAUAAAUGGAUCGAAGAAAAUCUAAAGGAAACAGAUCUCACUUUUCCGUAUUUUAACAUUAAUGUACAUAUUACCCUUAAAUCAUCUACUCCAUCUCCAUUAAGUGCAGAUACCAUAAAAACAUCAUCAAAUUUUGGAUAAUCCUCCUUGUUUGUUAAUAUUCUUGUAAUCUCCAACAAUGCUGUCUUCUUUUUCAACCUGUCUACUUUAUUCAAAAUUAUUAAUAGCUCUGUAUCUUCUCUCUUAUUUUUUAUGUAGUCAAGAACAUAAUCAUCAAUCUUAUGUCUAGUAUAUACAUUAGUUACAUCCUGUACUAUUCCAAUAACAUCUGCUUCAGUGACUGCAUCUUUGGGAUCGUUUUUGAAUGCUUCUGAUAGUUUAUAGGAUUUUAUUUCUUUAGGCACUACUAAUCCGGGGGUAUCCAUAAAUACAAUUUGAGUAUCAUUUUUUGUAUAUAUUGCUUCAGCUUUGUGCAUCGUUGUAUGGACUUUUGAAGAUGUUGGACAUACAGAUCUGUGUAUGAGUUUAUUCACUAAUGUACUUUUUCCAGCAUUGGGUAGACCCAAAAUCGCGACUUUCACUAAUUUUUUCUUUUCACACAAGUCUGACUCGUCGUUCAAUUCACUUUGAUCUUUUACUGUAAAAUCUAAUUUAUUACUGGCAUUCCAAAUAGUAGAGUGAAAAAAAGUUCGUUUUAAGAAAUAUACAUUGAAUCGAGGCACAUAUUGUUUGAUCUUAAAUACGAACAUUAUUCAAUAAAUGUAUCAACACAUUAUUUACUGAAAUUAUAAAUGAAGUAAUAGGUUAGGUUUUAAUAUUUAUAUGAGCACACUUCUGUAAAUUAAUCAGUAUUAUUUACAAAUGUAAACAUUUCAUUUUCACUAAAUAUAACAAUGUUUUUGAUUUAAACAAACAUAUCCUUAAAUAUAAAUAUAAUUUAAAUGUUAUUUGGCACUAAAACAUAUUGAAGUUGUGUUUAAUCACUCGCAAGUUAACUACGAAUAUGAAUUUUUGUUUAAUCAAAAAGUUUGUUAUUUAAAAUUUCUAAUUGAAGGAAGAAAAAUAAAUAAAUAUGUAACAUGUUUCUCGGUUCAUUGAAAUAAAACAAUACAUUGAAAAUGAAAGAACUUAUUUUCCAAAUGUUUUUUUUCAAAUUUAUUUAAUAAUGUAUAAUAUUACAAAAAAUUCAAAGAUAAUAACGAAACGAAAAGAUUCAUAAACAUAUACAAGAAAUAUAAUCUAUUUGCGGAAGACAGUUUAUUUUUUGUCUUGCGAAGUUAUAUACUUGAAUGUUAUUUGUUUAACCGCAUGUUGUUACACACAUGGGUAUUUAGAUAUUUCUGAUUUACUAGAAUAAUUACAUAAAUAUGAGAAUAAUUCUUAAAAAUCAAUUUUUGUUUUUAUACAUAAAGAAAAUUGUGAAAGUGAACUAGAAUAAAAGCAUAUAAUUCUAGUAUAUUACUAGAAUAAAAGUGUUAUCACGAUUCAAUAAGAUUAUUAUCCGACGAAAAUAAUUUUUUAUUUCAAAUUUAAAUCCCUUGAGAAACUAAUUUUUCUUAGUUGCAUCUCACUCUUUCAACAAAU